CCCAGCCCCCCCGUUCUAACCCACCAGCCCCACUGUUUCUCCAUGCUAGGUGUAAUAUUAGCUGUGACCUUUCCAGAGGGGCACAUGGGUCUGUUUGGAACAGCUCCCCGGUUUGUUUUGCUUCCGCUGAGUCGAUGGGGAGCUGACUGAGCCCUCCUACCAACACCCCCCCGACCCUCAUGCCCCAGCCCCACCUUCUCCAACCCACUUGACCCUCUGAGCCAUGGAGCAAAAGCCAGCUAAGAUACCAGCCUCUGUGCCUCAGUUUACCAAUUCACCCACUAUGGUGAUCCUGGUGGGGCUGCCAGCCCGUGGGAAGACCUAUAUCUCCAAGAAGCUGACCCGCUACCUGAACUGGAUUGGGAUCCCCACAAAGGUGUUCAACGUGGGGCAGUAUCGCCGCGAGGCCGUGCAGACCUACAAAAACUAUGAGUUCUUCCGGCCAGAUAACCAGGAGGCCAUGCACAUACGCAGGCAGUGUGCUCUGGCCGCUCUGAAGGAUGUCCACGCUUACCUGAGCCGCGAGGAAGGACAGGUCGCGGUGUUUGACGCCACCAACACAACACGGGAGCGAAGGAACAUGAUCCUGCAAUUUGCCAGUGACCAUGGCUACAAGGUGUUUUUCAUUGAGUCCAUCUGUGAUGACCCCGAUAUCAUCGAGGAGAACAUCACACAAGUGAAGCUGAGCAGCCCAGACUACAAGGACUGCAAGCGGGAGGAGGUGGUGGGGGAUUUCCUCAAGCGCAUCGAGUGCUACCAGCUCAACUACCAGCCCCUGGACGACGAGCUGGACAGAGCCCUGUCCUACAUCAAGAUCUUCAACGUGGGGCUGCGGUACCUGGUGAACCGGGUGCAGGACCACGUGCAGAGUCGCACCGUGUACUACCUGAUGAACAUCCACGUCACGCCGCGCGCCAUCUACCUCACCCGGCACGGCGAGAGCCAGCUCAACCUGCAGGGGCGCAUCGGGGGCGACUCGGGGCUCUCCCCCCGUGGCAAGCAGUUUUCCUGCGCCUUGGCCAGCUUCGUCGAGAGCCAGAACAUCCAGGAGCUUAAGGUGUGGACCAGCCACAUGAAGCGGACGAUCCAGACGGCUGAGGCCCUGCAUGUGCCCUACGAGCAGUGGAAGGCACUGAACGAGAUUGAUGCGGGCGUCUGUGAGGAAAUGUCCUAUGAGGAGAUCCAGACCCAUCACCCGGAGGAGUUUGCCCUACGCGAUCAAGACAAGUACCGGUACCGAUACCCGAAAGGGGAGUCAUACGAAGACCUGGUGCAGCGGCUGGAGCCCGUCAUCAUGGAGCUGGAGCGGCAGGAGAAUGUGCUGGUGAUCUGCCAUCAGGCCGUCAUGCGCUGUCUGCUGGCCUACUUCCUGGACAAGAGCGCAGAGGAGUUGCCCUAUCUGAAAUGCCCACUACACACCGUGCUCAAACUGACCCCCGUGGCAUAUGGUUGCCAAGUGGAGUCCAUUUUCCUCAACGUGGAGGCCGUGAACACACACCGGGAGCGCCCCCAGCACCUGCCCCACAAGUCUAGCCUGCUCCCCCCUUACUGGCACUACCGGACCAACCCUUUGGCCAGCCUGGAGCCCACCAAAUGGUCCCACUUGGAAGAUCUUGGUCUGACAGCUUUCUCACAGCUUGGGGUGCAGAAUGUCGACGUGACACGGGAGCCUGAGGAAGCACUGGGGACGGUGCCCCCCCACUAUUAACUGCUCGCGCCCAAUAAAGCCGGCUCUCUCCUUU